GGCCCUGAGGGAGGGGCCGUGCAGCGGGACGGCGCCAUGCGCUGUUUGCCGGGCGACGCGGCCCACCAGGCCAGAGCGGGCCCCGGCUGGAGCCGCCCUCGCGGUUCCGGCCGCGGUCGGGGCUCGCAGAGCGGCAACGGCCCCGCGGGGCCCGGCGGGAUCCCGGCAGCGGCCCCUCAGGGCCCGGGCCCGGCCUCUCAGGGCCCGCGCGGGCAGCGGCGCCGUGCGCAGGCGCGGGCGGACGGCGCGGGGCCGGGAGCGGCCCCCCCUCUCGGCGGCCCUCCCGGCAUGCCCCGCGCGCGGGCGGCAGGGCGGGCUCUCGUCACACAAAGGCUCGGCGCUGGCAAAAUGGCGGCGGCGGCGGCGGUAGCGGCGGCGGCGGGCGGCGAGGGCACCGCUAACAAAAUGGAGGAGCCGCCCGCGGCGGCGGCGGCGGCGGCGCAGACGGCGGCGGCGGCCCCGCCACCGCCCAACGGGGCGGGGAGUGCUGGGGACGCGCCCGCGAAGAGUGAAGGUGAACGACCAACUCAAAGUGAAAAAAGAAAAGAGAAGAGCGUCAAAAGAGGAGGACAUCGCUUUGAGCCGUAUGCUAACCCUGCUAGAAGAUACCGAGCUUUUAUUACAAAUAUUCCAUUUGACGUCAAGUGGCAGUCUCUGAAAGACCUGGUCAAAGAGAAAGUUGGUGAGGUAACAUACGUGGAGCUCUUAAUGGACGCUGAAGGAAAGUCAAGGGUAAGUGUUUGA